AUGUCAGAAAAGUCGCAGAACAAACGCCAGCAUAACCCGCACGCCUUGCUCGACGAGAGCGACAUGGCCAAGAGAGCCCGUCUCGAACAGCCAAGCUUUCUCGACACAUCGAGGCUCCAAGAGCCCGCUUGGUUGAAUCCGAUAUCUUCUUCCAAUCCGAGCCAGCGGGACUCUUUCAGUCCGUUCGCAUUGAGCGAUGCAGAAAGUUCGCGGCGAUCCCCUUUGAAUAAUCAGCUAUCCGAUAAGGAAGGACAAGAGAGUGCCGCGGUUGUAUCGAAUAAUAAGUCUGAUCAAUGCUGCUUUGGAGAACUUCUUAUCGACUUUUUGUCGCCGGCCACAUUGAGUGAAGAUCUAUCACAUGUUCCUAUUGAGCUCCGAUUCUCGAACCACGUCAUAAGCCUUCAUGUUGAAGGCUCUGGUAGCUAUAUGGGUCGCAUAGAAUCCAAGGCUAUAGUCGAUCUCCUUCAGAGUUAUCAAGUGAAUCUUGUCACCACUUUGGAAUGCCCACCCGUCAAAAAGAAGAAGUCCGCUAAUUCCUUUCAAAUACCAAAAACGCUUCACAUUAUCAUCUACGGGUUGCGUAAAGACAUGAACAAUAUUGGAGACUUGCUGGAAGACUCCGAGCUCUUUCUCCAGCAUCCGACCGAAUACGAUACUCGCUUGGAGUACUUGAAUCCCCAGUACCUUAUAAGACCCGGCUCAACCUUUCCCAGAGUUAAUGGUGCGAGCUUCCAAGCACUUGCAAAUCAACAAUCAUCAGACCAAGUUAUGGAGGAAAAGUCGAAGAGUGAGGUCCAUCGAGUGUUUGACUCUGCCAGCGGACCGUCAACCUUUACACAGGUACAACCAAGUCCCAGGCUAAGAACAAGUUUGCAAGAACAUCAAAAGAAGGCCCUCGCAAUGAUGGUCGAAAAGGACCGCGGCUUGCUUGAUGAUACGGUGUUUCCAUCCCUGUGGGAAACCGUUACUACACCAAAUGGCCGUGUAGAGUAUCACCACGUAGUUACAGGGCGAAACGAAGUAAAUCCCGCUCCAUUGUGUGGGGGUAUCCUUGCCGAUGAUAUGGGUCUUGGAAAGACCUUGAGUACUCUCGCAUUGAUCAGUUGGUUUCUGGAUGCCAUGGACAAUGUGAGUGUCCCCAACACCUGUCGCACGACACUAAUUGUGGCACCAAACUCCAGUAAAUUCGCACUCUCUGUAUUUUCUAAACUCAUUUAUUCUAGACACGUUGUCCCCGACCAAAUUCGAAUGGUACUUUUCCAUGGACCUAUGAGAGGCCAAUUAGCCAAGUCUCUCAUCGGGUACGAUGUCGUCCUCACCACUUACGGAACACUGCAAUCCGAAUGGAGGUCAAAGAAAGAAGAUUCCCCUCUUUUCACACACACGUGGGCACGAGUGGUGCUCGACGAAGCCCAUCAUAUUCGUGAGCGGUCGACACAAACAUUCAGGGCUGUCACCGCAUUGCGAACCAGUCGAAGAUGGUGCCUCACCGGCACGCCCAUACAAAACCGUCUUGACGAUUAUGGGGCUUUACUGACUUUCAUCGGAGUCCCACCCUUCAUGAGUAAAUUAGCAUUUAACUUCUGGAUAAUGAAGCCAGUAGUUCAAGGAACUGCAGAAGGACUUAGGAGGUUGAAACUACUUGUUAGUGCAACUUGUCUCCGCAGGACCAAAGACAGCGUGAGUGAAACCUUAAAUCUUCCUGAUCGGAAGAUACAAGAGUGUUUCGUUCAGCUGGAUCCCGAAGAUAGAGAGCUGUACGAUUUCUUCAAGAGAAAUGCCUCCCAUUUGAUUGCCAACAGGGGGUUUGGCGACUCAGAUACUGCUAAAAGAACGGGGAGCAUCCUUCCCAUCAUCAACACACUACGGCUCAUCUGCAAUCAUGGACAGAGGCUCCUCCCAAGUUUUGCCCUCGAAGCCUGUAGCUAUCGGCGCCACCCAGUCUCAAAUUUGAGUCUAUUCACUAACGAACUUGAGCUCUGUUUUUCUUGUGGUGUGAACGUUUCACCUCAGGAUAUGCCAUCUGAGUUUGCAUGUUCUCAUAUUCUCUGUUCAAAAUGUGCAGAAUCAGAUGAAGGGUACCAAGUCUCACUUGAUAGCGUUGUCUGUCCAAGCUGUACCAAGGAUGGAGAUUUGGCAGAUACCGACGCAGCGACAGAAAAGGGAAAUUACCGACCAUCUGCGAAGAUAAGAGCACUCAUACAAAGUCUUCGUGUAGAGCAACAGUGCAACCCUUCCACGUUUGAUAACAAACCUAUCAAGAGCGUUGUAUUCACAUUUUGGAGGAAAAUGCUAAAUCUCCUCGAAUUUGCACUCCGUAGUGAGGGCUUCAAAUUUGCUAGAAUAGAUGGCCAAAAUUCCUUGAUAGAGAGGACCUCGGCUCUGAGAUCGUUUCGCAACGACAACAGCUGCACUGUAAUGAUUGCCACGAUCGGAAGUAUCGGCGAGGGGGUCGACCUGACCGCCGCUAACUUCGUCCACCUGGUUGAGCCACAUUGGAACCCAAUGCUUGAGGCGCAAGCACUAGAUCGAGUACACAGAAUGGGACAAACAAGAGAUGUCGUCGCGACCCAUUACAUUACCAAUGACUCGAUAGAGAUGUUGGUUAAGGAGAUCAAGGAGAGAAAGCUGAAUCUUAUCAAUAGCUCCUUGGGUCAUCUAUCUGGCCUAGUUGAUAUGCGAGAUUAA